AUGCCCCUGGUAUAUUUUGUUUCCGAAAUGGCUCUUGCUUUCGUCCUCUCCGCGAUUUUCAUUGCAAUUGUUUCUCUUUUGGGUUUGAUAUUCACGGCAUUUUCCAUUUACCUGGUUUACAUUCACUGGAGGUUCAGCCAUAUCCCAGGACCAAAGAGGGACAGUUUUUUCCUUGGUAACGUACCGCUUUUUCGCCGAGAGCGAGAAAACGGAAAAAUCAUGAGUGAAUUGAUGCAAGAAUUGCACAGUAUUUACGGUCCAGUAGUUUUGAUGUGGGGCUUUCACCGGCCUUUCCUUUCCGUUUCUGAUCGAGAACUCGCUAAAAAGUGUCUUAUAACACUAAAUUUGCCCAAAAAUCCAAGGGUUUAUGGGAAUCUUGGCUAUCCAUUCGGUCACAGACUUAUGGGCCGCAGUUUGGUAACGGAGACCGAUCAUGGCGUUUGGCAAAAGCAAAGAGCGCUGUUAAAUCCGGCGUUCCACCGCCGUUAUUUAAUGAACUUGAUGUCCGCGUUUAACAAUAGCUGUGACUUGUUUCUGGCCAAGCUGGAUGAGAUGGCAGAUGGAGAAACUGUUGUAGAUAUGGCAGAAGAAUUUGCCAGGGUCACACUGGAUGUUAUUGGAACGGCAGGACUUUUCCGCGGGUGGCGGGUGACGGGUGGCGGGUAGCGGGUGGCGGGUAGCGGGUGACGGGUGAAGGGUAGCGGGUGACGGGUGACGGGUGAAGGGUAGCGGGUGGUGGGUAGCGGGUUAAAAAUAUAUAUGAAAUAAAAUAUUAUAACUCGUUAUAGUGUAAUUGAAGAUAUAACUGUAUGUUGCAAUUUUAAAAUAAUUUCACCGUUUAUGUACUUGUCUUAUCUACUUACGCGGACUAUUUUCAAUUUCUCAAAUAUGGAAAAAAAAAAGGAGAAAUCAUGCCUGUGAAAACGGUCAUCUCUCCUAGCUCCGCACCGCAAGUGACGUUUCGCCAGGCUACACGCGGUGUGUCAAAUGAAAAUGGGCUAUGUCAAGCAAGACACAUGGCACGUGUCGAAGCAAAUUUUUUGGUACAUGCAUCUCUACCAUGCCUUGUUAAGUAAGCGGACGUGUGGUUAGAAAGACGUCCGACUUCUUAGUUAGGUAUAAGCUUCUGCAAUAUAACGGGUGUGAAAGAUAAAUAACUGCAAGAAAGAGACUACAUUUACUGCCAUAUAAAAUAACGUGGCAGGUCUAUUAUGAUUAUGGGGGUGUGAGGUGGGGGUAUGGAUAUUUUCUGGAGCUACACAAUUCAGAAAAAGUGUAAUUUCCCUGCACAAAAUAUUGUUCGAUGCUUAUUAUUAAUAAUGAUUGUUGACAAGUUUGCCACACAUACUUGUAUAUCACGGCACACCUUAUGUCUAAUAAUAACCACACAAUUCACUACUGAUUGAAGAAAUCGUGAUGUACAGCGUCGUUUCUUUGUUAAUUGUUUUAAUUUCUAUAAAAGGUAGAAAAGAUCUUGUUUGUCUAGUUUGCUUUUUCUUCCACAUCAAGACCAAAGAUGAUUGCACUUCCCCAACUGUUUAGCCGUGUUUAUAACAGGCUGCAAGAGACUCGGUCUUUGGUGUCGUAGCUCAGUUUUUGCCCUAGUAUGCGGCAUGAUUGCCAUCCUAAUAAGUAUUUUUAAGUAGUAUUUAAAAAAUGCAGAUCCUUUUUGUAUAUAUAUACAACGAGAUCAGUUCGCGUCCGAGACGCCACACGCGGCGAAAACGGUCCAUGCUGUGUCAAAACUCUGACAAAACCGUCCUUCUCUGGUACGCAUUAACAUUGACAGCUUUGUUGUUUUAGUCUCAGGAAAAUUUCCUUGUUUUCUCGAAAUAGACAUUUUGUUCAUUUUAAACUACAAGUCGGGAACCAAAUUGGCAAAGAUUUAUUCCACAUGCAAUCCCAACUUAUAACAAAAGAACAAACGCACUUGUCAAAAAUCUGAGACACUGUUCAAACAUGUCGAGAAGAGAAUGCGAUCUUAGUUAUCUGGUCUCAGGAUAAAUAUUACUUUACGCUCAAAUAUAAAUAUAUAUAAAUAUUACGCUCACAUAGACAAUGUUAUCAAAAAAGGAGCCUCUAGGCUAUAUCUAUUAAGGCAGCUUAAGCGUGCAAAAGGAGAUCCUGCGCAGCUACUUUGUUUCUAUACUACGUGUAUCCGGCCCAUGUCUGAAUAUGCCUGCCAAGUUUUCCACAAUGGUCUGCCUGAGUAUCUCUCUGAAGAGCUAGAGAAAAUUCAGCGCCGUGCACUUAGAAUUAUUUUCCCAGAUUUAGGCUAUCAAGAGGCUCUCAAAGAGUGCAAUAUUUCCACCCUCCAUCAACGGCGCCAAUGGCUGACAGAGCGCCUAUUCAAUGAGAUUAAGGACAACAGCCUCCACAAAUUACAUGGCCUUUUGCCGCCACGUAAUUUUGUAAUGUUUAUUAUUCAGGUUUCAACCCUCACAAUACCCGUCAACCAAGUCACCCGCUACACUGUAAAAAACCCGCUGGGGGUCACCCGCUACCCGCCACCCGUCACCCGGAACUGUCACCCGUCACCCGAAUCUUCACCCGUUUGUUUUGAAUAUUCAGUUCCCCAAAAAAGAUACACUGUAAAAAGGCUAAAACUCAAAUCUUCAGUUUGUUUUACCCAAAAAAUACUUGCCAAAAAAAUUUCCAAAAUUUUCCUACUCCAAAAAAUCCCAAAGUCGAAAUUUCAAACCCCCCAAAACCCUUCGAUCAUCCCUGUCACUUGAAAUCUGGAGUACCCCCCCCCCGGGUCAUGUAACUGCAUAGCCCCAUAGCCAUGUAGCCACAUAGCGACCUAGCCAUGUAUAUGCUCAGUGAAGACACAUAGCCACUUAGUUAUGUAUCCACCUAGUGGCAUAGCCCCAUAGUAUGGCCCCAUAGUCAUUCUUCUAUGUCUCGUUCUUUAAUAAGGCCAAUGUAGCUCUUUAAGCAAUAUAGCAGUGUAGCCACAUGUAUGUUUUGUUCUUCAAUAAGGCCAAUGCAGCUCUUAAAGCCACAUAGCAGUGUAGCCAUGUAGCCAGUCCAGCUUUUGGAAUGGCCAGGUAUUCUGUAGCAUGCCUUGCAGCCGGCCCAUGCAUCAUCCAAACCAUUUGUAUGGACGGUCUGCAAAUUAGGUAAACAAAACCUAGUUCUGAUAUUCAGCAGAGUCGCAAGAAUUUACGUGAGCGUUUCUGACAGGCAGGUUUCUUAUGGCAAGGAGCGUUUAUGGUAAACAAUGAAAGAACAGUUCAAACUAGAAAGUCUUCUUCUGAACAACAACAACAAAAUGCUUUGAGAGAAUUCCGUCAAGGCCAAAAUGUGUUUGUAAAUUUGCCGACUGGUUCAAUCAUUGCAAAUGCACUGCUUUGCAUUCUGCAAUCUGGCUGACAGUUUUAGCGUUAAAACAAAUCAGGAAAUCAUGAUGUUCCCAGACAAAAAAACUAUACACAUGUAGCUAUUCAGAUUCAGGCAUUUUGGAGAAAACCAAAGGUACUAACCAGAUUCAUAACCUCCAAAUGUGAGACUCAAAAUGGCAAUAAUAAGGCUUGUUCAGUCAAAGUUUAGAAUACUUUAUGCACUGCGUAAUCUGUGCUCUAAGAGAGAAAGCAAGAAUAACCUGACUGUUGUUCAAGCUGACUCUAAGGCCAUGUUUCACACUAUCAUGAGCUCAUUCUCUCUUGCCUUUAGCUAUGAGUCAGGAUAGGCCUGUCAACACUUUAUUUGAAAUUGGACUAACCACAAACUGUGUAAGAAAAACGCUAAUCAAAAACACCAACAUAUGUCGUUUCAACUCUGUGAGAUUUGAACAUGAUACUGUUCACUAAUUUGCAGAUACUCUUUACAGAAGGUUUAGAGUACAUGUGAUGCAGGCUAUAAGUAUUCUGCAGUUGUAAGUAUGUCAGUAGCUCCACACGAUCCAUGUUAAGCCACAUAGCUGCAUUAAGUCACAUAUAUGUCCUGUUCUUUAAUAAGCCCAAUGCAUCUCUUUAAGCCACAUAGCAGUGUAGCCACAUAGCCAGUCCAGCCUUUGAGUGGCCAGGUAUUCUGCAGUUACUCUAAAGUGGUAUUAAUGAUCCUUUUACAGGUUGCUUUUGACAUCGAUGUCAACGUUAUAGGAGAUCCUAACAGUCCAUUUCCAUCAGCAGUUUCCAAAGGUCUAAAGGGGGCCCAGGAAAGCAUACGUACUCCAUUUCCCCAGUUGUUGGGGUUGGUAUUUCCGUCCCAGUCAGGUUUGGCCGAAGCAAUAAAAUUCAUUCGUGAGUUUGCAGGGAAUGUUAUCAAGGAAAGACAGGAAGCUGUUUUGAGAGGAGACGAAACUCCCAACGAUAUACUUGCUCACAUCUUAAAAGUAGCAGAAUCAGAGUCCAGCUUAAGUUUUGAAGAUCUGAUUGAUCAGUUUGUGACAUUUUUUUUUGCAGGUAAGAUAUUUCACUUUUGAGUUGAACAAAUGGGUGGUACCUAGAAAAUUGUUUACAUGUAUCUCAGAAAGUUUGAUCCUGUCAUAAAAACUUUUGAGGCAUCUUUGAGGAGAAGAUGAAGUCCUGUUUUUUUAUGUCUCCUUUCAUUUUGCAGUCUUUUACUUUUUGCUUUGUUCAUUACCCUUAUUUUCGUCCUUUUAUAGGUCAGGAGACCACUUCAAACCAGUUAUCUUUCACUCUUUUUGAAAUACUGAAGCACCCCGAUGUUGAAAACAGGUAUUUAUAUAUACACUAGUGUAGGUCAGAUUAUUAGAAAGACUGGAUCAGCAUGAUCUGAAUCUUCUACUAAACAUUUCCAAUAAUUAUUAUACUAUAAAAUUGUUUGACCUACAGAUUGAUAUUGGCUGGUGGUGUUUUUUUAAAUUUCUUGCCAAAAAAAAUUGUAGCUGUCUUUUGUUUGCUCCUGUCGUUAGCAGUUUGUAUGUAUCUGACCCUAAGAAACAAGAAUGUUUCUUAGGUAAGAUACCUAUGACCUUCUAAGGACAGGAGCACCACUGAUGUUGAUUGUUUUGCAUAGAAUUGUUCAAGAAAUUGAAACUGUACUUGGCUCCCGCCAGUUUGUGGAACACAAAGACCUUGGAAACCUUCAGUAUCUGGGACAGACACUCAAGGAAGGCCUCCGCCUUCACCCACCUGUCGGGGGGACCACAAGAAUCACUACAAAGGAAGAAAACCUUGGAGGAUUUACCAUACCUGCAGGAACCUCAAUCAAUGUUAGCUGGUUCAUACUGCAGCGUCUUUCAGACGCAUGGUCAGAACCAGAGAAGUUUGAUCCUGACCGGUUCUCUCCUGAGAAGCAAAUUCCACCGUCUGUUUACUAUCCAUUUUCUGUUGGACCAAGGACCUGUAUUGGACAAACCUUUGCUCAGUUUGAGGCGCGAGUGCUUAUGGCUCGAUUGCUGCAGGAGUUUGAGUUGACACUGUUACCAGGGCAACAUAAAAUGAUACAUGAAGAAAGGCUGACGCUUAGACCCAAGGGUGGUGUCCUUUGCACCAUCAAGAGAAGAGGGCUCAAACAGGAAUAG